AUGCCUCAGACUGCUCUCAUCACGGGUGCGACGGGCCUGCUCGGCAGACAAGUGGUCAAAGCCUUCGAGAGAGCCGGCUAUAAUGUCGUCGGUACAGGCUUCUCACGCGCCACGCCCCCAAAAAUCCGCAAAGUAGACAUUCAAGAUGCGGAUGAAGUAGCGAAGCUCUUCACUGAGACCAAGCCUACAGUUGUAGUUCACUGCGCAGCAGACAGGCAACCAGACUCAUGUAACAACAACCCAGAAGCCGCCCGCAAACUGAACGUCAGUGCUACCAAAGCACUCGCCGAAGCCUCAGACGCUGCUGGCGCGUUCCUUAUCUACAUCUCGACCGAUUACGUCUUCCCAGGCCGACAAGGUGAAGCUCCCUACGCCGCCGACGCGACACCCGCACCCACGAAUAUCUACGGCGAGACCAAGCUCGAUGGCGAGAAGGCAGUUCUCGCGACCGCCCAGAACGCGGUAGUGCUACGAGUACCAGUGCUCUACGGUGCGACGGACCCCGAGGAUAACAAUAAAGAGUCGGCAGUGAAUAUCCUCAUGGACUCGCUACAAAAAGCACAGAAAGAAACAGUCAAGAUGGAUGACUACGCUAUUAGAUACCCGACCAACACAGAAGAUGUUGCCAGAGUCUGCGCUGAUAUUGCGAAAUACUACACAGCUCCGGCUGACAAAGAGCUACCCAAGGUACUGCAGUUUUCGAGCGAAGACAGGAUGACAAAAUACGAGAUCUCGCAGAAGUUUGCGGAAAUAAUGGGUCUGCCUCUCAAUAAUAUGGUCGCGGACCAGGAAAGCGGUAAGAACCCUGCGGCAGAUGGCACACUGAGGCCGUACGACUGCCACCUUGAUACUGCAGAAUUGAAGAAGCUGGGCAUUGAUGUAAGCACGAUGGACUUUGUGGCUUGGUGGAGGAGGAAGGUGGGCGCAUUUAGACGGUGA